AUGGGGUUGUGCAAGGUUUCAUUGUCUCUAUUUUAUGUGUUGGGGUUAGUGAUGGUUGGUCAUGUGGCCUACGCCCAAGACUCAGAAGAAGACUACGUGAAUGCACACAACGUUGCAAGGGCACAAGUGGUUGUUGAAAACUUGGGUUGGGAUGAUACCGUCGCAGCUUUUGCACAAAACUACGCUAAUCAACGGCAACGCAAAGGUGAUUGCCAACUGAUCCACUCGGGUGGCGGUGGAAAAUACGGAGAGAAUAUUGCUAUGAGCACUGGUGACCUAAGUGGCGUAGAGGCAGUGAAAAUGUGGGUCGAUGAGAAACCCUACUAUGACUACUAUUCUAACUCUUGUGUUUACGGUCAGCAGUGUCUGCAUUACACUCAGGUUGUUUGGAGAAACUCUGUACGCAUUGGAUGUGCCAAAGUAAGAUGUGAUAAUGGAGGCACUUUCAUCACUUGCAACUAUUCUCCCCCUGGCAACUAUAUACGUGAAAGACCCUACUAG